AUGUCGGACUGCAGGAGGCAGUGGAACCGGGAGGAUGAGCUGCCGGUUUACCUGGCGGGGCCGAUCCCCACCAGGCAGAACCAGAGGAAGACCUACGGGAUGUUCAGCUCCGUGGAGGGGGCGUUCGAGAGCAAGACCAUAGACUUCGAUAAGUACGCGGUGGGGAGGAGAGGCAGCAGCACCCCGAGGAGCGGGAGCCGCGAGAGGGUGCUGGACGCCGAUGACCCCGUCGGCAAGACGUCCAGCGAGGGCCGUGAGGGGUCGCCCACCGAGUCGCACGGGGAGUCAGACGAUGGUCGCCCCGGUGUUGUGGUCAGACAUUCAUCCGCGAAGGAGAGCCCAGACCGGGAGAGCCGAAGGCUGUUGAUUAAAGGGGGACGAGUGGUCAACGAUGACCAGUCUCUCUAUGCAGAUGUCUACAUUGAGGGCGGGCUCAUCAAGCAUGUGGGGGAGAAUCUGGCUGUGCCGGAGGGCGUCAAGGUGAUCGAGGCCAACGGGCGCAUGGUGAUACCCGGGGGGGUUGAUGUCAACACGUGUCUGAUGAAGUCCCACCUGGGCGCACAGCCCGCCGACGAUUUCCUCCAGGGAACCAGGGCCGCGCUCGCGGGGGGUACCACCAUGAUCAUCGAUCACGUGAGCCCCGAGCCUGGGCAGAGCCUGUUGGAGGCGUUUGAGUGCUGGCAGGAGGCCGCGGAUAAGAAGGCCUGUUGCGACUACUCGCUGCACGUGGACAUCCCCCAGUGGAACGAGACGGUCAGAGAUGAGUUGGAGCUCCUGGUGCAGGAGAAAGGCAUCAACUCUUUCCAGGUGUUCAUGGCUUACAAGGACGUGUACCAGCUGUCAGACUCUGAGCUGUACGAGGCUCUCUCCUUCCUGAAGCAGCUGGGCGCCGUGGUGUUGGUUCACGCUGAAAACGGAGACCUGAUCGCUCAGGAGCAGAGGAAGAUCCUCGGGAUGGGAAUCACCGGACCUGAAGGCCAUCCGCUGAGUCGUCCAGAAGAGCUGGGGGCUGAGGCGGUGUUCCGCGCCAUCACUCUUGGCAACCGCGUGAACUGCCCCAUCUACAUCACCAAGGUGAUGAGCAAGAGUGCAGCCGACACCAUCGCUCAGGCCCGCAGGAAAGGUUCCGUCGUUUUUGGCGAGCCAAUAACAGCCAGCCUGGUCGCUGACGGCUCCCACUACUGGAGCAAGAACUGGGCCAAAGCGGCUGCUCAUGUGACUUCUCCCCCUUUGAGCCCCGACCCCACAACCCCAGACCACCUCAACAUGCUGCUUGCUUGCGGGGACCUGCAGGUGGUGGGCAGCGGUCACUGCGCCUACACCCCCUCCCAGAAAGCGAUCGGCAGAGAGGACUUCACCCUGAUCCCGGAGGGAACCAACGGAGUGGAGGAAAGGAUGGGUUUUGUCUGGGACAGGGCCGUGGCCAUGGGGAAGAUGGACGAGAACCAGUUUGUGGCGGUCACGUCCACCAACGCGGCUAAGAUCUUCAACCUGUACCCGCGCAAGGGCCGGAUAGCGGUGGGAUCGGACGCGGACGUCGUCAUCUGGGACCCCGACAGCUCCAAAACGAUCACUGCCGAACUCCAGCAGUCGACUUCAGAGUACAACAUUUUCGAGGGUCUAGAGUGCCGCGGGGGUCCAGCGCUGGUGUUGAGUCAAGGUCGGGUGGUUUACGAGGAGAGCGAGCUGCAGGCCCAGCAGGGCGCCGGUCGAUUCAUCCCCCGCAAACACUUCCCCGACUACGCUUACCAGCGAGUCAAAGUCAGGAACCAGGCACAGAGCAAGCAGGGUGUCACCCGCGGCUCGUACGACGGCCCUGUGUAUGAUGUCGUGCCCACCCCCAAAUACAUCACUCCUUCUCCAUCAGCCAGAACCUCCCCCUCCUCUCACCAGCUGCAGCCCGCACGCAAUCUUCACCAGUCCAGCUUCAGCCUAUCAGGAGCACAGAGCCAUGACUACGUCCCUCGUCGCUCUGGCCACCGCGUCAUGGUGCCCCCUGGUGGCCGCUCCAACAUCACCAGCCUCGGUUGAACACCCAACUGCAGUGCACUAGUGUGGUCUUCACGGGGCUUUCACCUCUCGAGUGUGUGUGUGUGUGUGAUAUUUUCUUUCUUUAAAAAAAAUCAGUUUUACCUUGAGAUGGAGAAGCACAAUACUACUUCCAAUAUAAGAAGAGUAGGAUUAACAAUCAUCCAAAGUAGGAAACAAAUUGCACUUACGCACACACACACACACACACACACACGCACACACACACACACACCCCACCCAAGCACCCAGAUGUAAAUCGAGUGCUGUGUCAUGUCGUUUUAUCUCCUUUCCUGUGAGCAUGACUCUUCCUCGCAUCCCCCCAUCUCCCAGCGAGGGGGUCCGCUCAGACACGGUGCUCCUUUUCUGCGGAUGAAGUAACAACAUUUUUUAUUGUUGGUGUUUUUUCCCCCCACAUUGAGCAUCUGCAAUACUUGUUUCGAUGUUGGCUCACGCGUUGCAUGGACACGUUGUUAGAUGUCGCACCACUUGUGGUUUUCAUUUCCCGGUAAGUGUUUUGGCUCUGAGCACACAGUGGCAGUUCACUGUGGACGUCACUGUAGAGUCAGCCAGCCGGUGCUCGGAGGUUCAUUCUUUCUCAGAUUACUGUAAACUUCGAUAACCGUCAGAUACUUUGUCUUUAUGCAAAAGUGUGAAAGUAAACCAGACAGCUGGGGACAAAUCGCGAAGAACAGCUGUGCGCUCCCAGAUUCAUUUCCAGGUCGAGUCACGAUAUAUGUGUGAUAGUCUCUUGCCAGAUCUUCCUCGUAAUGAUGCGCUCCACUCCCUGCUGUGGAAGGGCUUCUACAGCACAACCUCCUUCCCCCUCUCCCUGCACUCCCCCGCUCUUUAAAACUUCACUGACAAUCUUUGUGACGUUUUGUUGUUGCUCUUGUCUCCAAUGGAACCAUUAAUAAGGAUCAAUAAAGACACCUUGUUGUCAAGGUGAAAG